GAACCACAAAUCGGUGAUGGUUAUAAGACGAAAUCAGGUUGUUGGUGGCAUCACAUAUCGUCCAUACGUCAGCCAAAAAUUUGGGGAGAUAGCCUUUUGUGCUAUAACAGCUGAUGAACAAGUAAAAGGAUACGGUACCAGAUUGAUGAAUCACUUAAAACAGCAUGCACGUGAUGUUGAUGGCCUAACUCAUUUUCUCACGUAUGCGGACAAUAAUGCUGUUGGCUACUUCACCAAGCAGGGUUUCACGAAAGAAAUACACUUGGAGAAGGACAGAUGGCAGGGGUACAUAAAAGACUACGAUGGAGGAAUCCUUAUGGAAUGCAAAAUUGAUCCAAAACUUCCAUACACUGAUCUGUCUACCAUGAUUCGCCGUCAGAGGCAGGCAAUUGACGAGAAGAUAAGAGAGCUUUCAAACUGCCACAUUGUUUAUCCCGGACUUGAUUUUCAGAAGAAGGAGGCAGGAAUUCCCAAAAAAUCCAUCAAAGUUGAGGAGUUCCCGGGGUUGAAGGAGGCUGGAUGGACACCUGAUCAAUGGGGCUUCUCACGUUACAGAGCCUUAAACUCUGCUGACGGGAUCUCAAAUCAAAAACAUUUGACUCCAUUCAUGCGCUCACUUCUCAAGUCAAUGAACGACCACGUUGAUGCAUGGCCAUUCAAGGAACCAGUUGAUUCUCGUGAUGUGCCUGAUUAUUAUGAAAUUAUUAAGGAUCCAGUGGAUCUAAAGACGAUGUCUAAAAGGGUGGAUUCGGAACAAUAUUACGUCACUUUCGAGAUGUUUGUUGCAGAUGUGAGAAGAAUGUUUGUUAAUGCACGGACGUACAAUGCUCCUGAGACGAUUUAUUAUAAAUGUGCCACAAGGCUGGAAGCACAUUUUCAAAGUAGACUUCAAUCAGGUCUACAAUCUGCUAACAAAAUUCAACCAUAACAUUUGCAAUGGCCAAUGAAGAUAAAUCUUAGUUGUACAGAUUAUUUUCAGUUGUAACCUUAUUACAGUCAAUUCUAGCAUUUCCUUCUAGUUCUAACACUGAUUCCUAAUUGUUUAGGGUGAGGAUUUCCCCAACUCCUUUUCCCCUAUAGAUCAUGGGAUUGUAUCAUAUAUUUUCUAGUAAAAUUGAUUUAUGAGAUAGAGCAUAGCUUAGUUUCA